AGUCUUUGUCUUCUACACACUUCACUUCUCCCACGCCAAGGUCCUCCUCCGUCUCUUCGAGUCUCCUUCUUGGCUUCUGCUUCUUCUGUUCACAGGAGCUGCAUAUUGAUCUCGCAGCAGUCAACCACCUUCACUCAGAAUGGGCUCCAGACCCCCCAGCCUGCUGCUGCUUCUCACCAGUCUCCUCUUCAUCUGGGAAACUGUCAGAGGAGAAUCAUCAUACAUUAUAGAUACUGUAGGCCUCAAAAUCCUGCCUGAAAGCAAAGUUCAGAGCGGUACCAAGGUGACGAUACGUUGCCAAGUAAGCGUCAGUUUCAGCAACAUCUCUCACCUUGAACACCUUUUCAAGUUCUUGUGGGAUGACGUCCAAAUCCACACAGCUAACACCACAGAAGACUCUGUCGACUAUGAGAUCAACCCAGCCAGGGUAGCCGACUCUGGAAAUUACGGAUGUCUGGUCUUGGUGAAGAACAAGCGCAAAGCCAGCAAUAUCAAGAGACUGGAUGUCACAGGCCUACAAACCCCCAUUCUGCAUCUGAAUAACUCAACACCCUACGAGAGUGAGGAGUUCAAAGUCACCUGCAGUGCUCCAGAGGAGAAAGGAAGUCUUAUAUUCAACUUUUACCAAACAUUUAGGGAUGGUCAGCCUCAGUGGAUAAAACAACUACGAAGCACUAAUAACGUUUUAGAGACCACUCUGACACUCAGGCACAUAGGGGACUGCUUUCUGUCCUGUGACUACGAGAUCAAUGUGAUUGCAGGGACCAGUCGCUCCAACAGCAGCAAUGGAAUUCAAGUGAAAGUCAAAGAACUGAACAUUACCCCAGACAUGACUGUAAUGCCCAAUGAUAUCUAUGAACCAGAUGUAGUAGAAGUGGUCUGUAGUGUACGAGUUCCUUUGGAGAACAUUGAAAUAUUUCUUAUAAAGGAUCGGACGGUUCUAAAAAGAGCCACCGGUAAAGCCCUCAUUCAUCGAUUUGUUUCUAAAGCAACGGACUCUGGAGAGCUUGUUUGCAAGGCGGAGUGGAGAAACGUCCAGAAAGAAAACUAUAAAACCCUUACAGUCAAAGAGGUAUUUUCAAAACCUCAGCUGACUUUGGAGCCUGUGGACCUGUUUGAAGGAGACACUUUCAGACUGAACUGCUCAGUCAAGUUUUUUGUUCCCGGGAUGAUUGAUCCCAAUACUUUUAAAUACACCUUCUACAAAGAUGGUGCUGAAUUGACCAGUGCAUCCACAUAUGCUACUGUUGCAAACCCAGAACACAAUGGUAACUACUUCUGUAAAGCUGAGGGCAUUCGUUAUUCAUCUGCUCUUUACAAGGACAGCCAAACAAUUCUUGUUAAAGCUAAAGUCCCUGUUUCAAAUCCUGUGCUUAGUGUGGUCGGUGGCGAGAUGUUUCUAGGCAAGAGCUUCCGACUGAUCUGUCACAGUCACACAGGCACUCUUCCUAUCAAAUACACCCUAUUCGGACCUAAUGGGUUGAUUCUGAACAGGGAGGUCAGCAGAUCUGAGGAACGGGCUAUCUUUGACAUACCUUCAAUCACCAAGACCUCAGAUUUAAAUACAUUUCUUUGCCAUGCAAGAAAUAAUCCACGUUCCCCUCCUAAAAUAGCAUUGGGGCAGCAAAUUCUGAAGUCAACCAGUAUUAUUGAGCCUGUCUCAAAACCAAAGCUGACUGUUCUUCCCGGCAUGGAUGUCACGGAGGGACAAACUAUAAACCUUGUCUGCUCUGUACAGACAGGUAGCCAUCCCAUCAACUUCACAUGGUACCACCAAGAGUCACCCAGAGCACUUGCUUCUCUGUCGACCAAUAAACUGAAAGAAUCCCACAGCAUAUAUAAUGCCAGUGGAAAACACGUGGGGAAUUAUUACUGUGCAAGCACAAACCCAGCAAAUGAAAUCAAAAGGAGUGACUUUGUCACAAUUGAAGUGAAAAUAGCGGGAUGGAAAAAAGCGCUGAUCAUAGUCUUCUGCAUCCUACUUCUCCUCACCUUAGCCCUUGUAAUUGCCUUAAAAACCCGGCUUUUACGGUUUACGAGGAAAAGAACGGGUAACUUGUCAGUGAAGUCAGCCAGCACCAAACCAGAGCGACUGAGUCUCACACAGGCUGAGGUCAUUGAUGUUGCAAAUGCUACCCCAAGCAUGAUGGGAAAAAGUGUUUGGAGUGACCACGUAUCAGGCUCUGAGUCGGAUGACCAGAACAGCAGCAUCUUACCAGAAAAGUCUGAACCUCAAUACACUGAGGUUCAAAUAAGAGAUGCAGAUCCAACCAAUGCCCCAGUGAAGCAGGGCACAGAUACUGUCUACACUGAAGUGCGCAACGUCCAGCAAGGUGUCCCAGAGGUGGCUGAUUGUAAACCAGUGGAAUAUGCACAGCUAAAUCAUGACAACAAUCCCCAACCUGACAAAGGUCAGGCUGGAGAUCAGUGCUUGAACAGUGAAAACAUGACUGAGACUGAAAGCAUCACUGAUGUUCACACAGAUGACCAGGCAGGAGGAACCUGUGACCCUGCGCCUGACUGUUGAUGAACAUUUAUUUGUUCCUCUUUUUACCCAUCAUGUUAUUGCAGCUGAUGUUUUGGAGCUGAAAGAAGCUGAACCCUUCAACAUUGCGCAAUUAUAUUAUUUUAUUAUUGUUAAAUGUUGUUUAAAGCUUCCUCUUUAAAUUCCCUCUUCUUAAUCACAUGAAUAAAAUGUUUUGCUAAUAA